AUGUCGAGUCCAGACGAAUGCAAAUUGAAAGCCGGACAUCCACCAGCAGUAAAAGCUGGAGGUAUGAGAAUAACUCAGCACAAAACACCACGGGACGAACGUGAGGCUAAACCCAGCAAGGACUCUAUUGAAAGUAAACCAUCAAGCAGUCCUCCUAAAACAAUAAUGAUAAGCGGUGCUCCUGCAAAAGGUAACGCCGAUUUUCCUCCAGAAGCUAUUCAACAUUUUCAUGAAAAACCAACUCCAACUCAUGAUGCCAGAUCAGCUAAUUCUUCUAGGCCCAUUGUUAUUCAACAGCCAAGAAAGUAA